UCUAUCAAAUUCAGCUGAGUGAUGUGAGCUGUAUCACUCAUCACAUUUCCCAACAGGGCUUUUAUCCUAACUAUGCACUUAGUCUACAAGAAUGGUGUUGAUCUUAUUUGGUUGAUUAUCUCUGGAUUUACUCUGCCAUCAACUCCUGAUUCUUGAAUGGCUACCCCUGAACUGCACAGAACAGGUGGUGUUGGAUCUGCAAACUUGUUAUUGUUUUCGUGCUGCACUAUUGGCCGUAUGUGCACUUGUUUGAGAUGCCCUGUGCACCAGAUGGUCUCUUCAGAGUCCACCCAUCAGUAUUCCAGGCAUUGGCAGAAUACAGGUCGGUGGUGGCGCUAGAGAGCACCAUUAUUACCCAUGACAUUACCCAUGGCAUUCCCUACCCACACAGCGUGAGUACUCUGUCCUUGGGUCGACCGAGCGACCUGCUAUUAGCUGUGCCCAUCCCUGAGGGGCAUGCAGCAGCCGGCCAACCGAUUGAGGACGCUAUACAGGCUGCACUGGCAGAGGCCAAGCAUUAGAAGAAGAGAUGUGACGCCCCCUUCAUCCUUCAAAAGGUCAACGAAUUGACCAGAGGAAAGUCUGUCCUAGCUAGUUACCUUCUCAGAUCAAUACCGUGACACAAGAAACUAUGGUAGAGGUAGAGAGAGAGAAUCAAUCUCAGUGUAAGGUUAGAAAUUGUGGGGAAAAAAGGUAAUGAUCUGACAUAUUGUUGUUCUUAAAAAAAUAUAUAUAUUUAUAUACAUUUCUCCAUAUAACUUUAUAUGAGGUCCCGUAACCUCAUAUUCCCAAAGAUAUCGCUCGACAUGCAUACUAGUGCCAGGUUGGGCAGGCAGAUAGCCUGUGCACUGUCUGAACGAAUGCAGAAGAAGAGGACUAUUCCUGGUCUUCACGUAAAAGAGGAAGAGAAAGAUUCUGACUAUCAAAAAUUGUGAGUACUAGUCAUAUGUUCCUCAUCAAAUGCAGGUGAACCCCUCUUAUCUUGUCUUAUAGAGUGCACCAUCUUUUCCCACUUUAGUUUUAGCAUGAUGGACAGUGUGUGACAUGCUUGCUGUACAAUACCACGGAGGCUUGUUUUUAAAAAAAAAACAUAGGUGGUGUGAACGUGGAUUUUAUUGCAAUGGGGAAAACAGAGUAGCUUGUGGUACGUUCACAGAAACUCACACAAGCUUCACAUAGGCUUACAUCAAACACAUUGUACUGUAUACUGUAGGCUUAUGUCUAUAACAAUCCGAUUAUGUUAAUAUAAUGGGUUUAUUUGAUUGAGACAUAACUACUUUUAUAUUUCACAUUUGGACAGACGAAUACUGGAAUUGUUGGCCUUUUGGUGGAGUAGGAAGGAACCUUGCUGGUUCGUUCUAAUUUCAUGAUCUGCAAAACUUCAACUGUUUAUGAGGAUACGGUGUACAAAUAUUACAUUGAGUUAAGGAGGUUUUAAUGCUGAGUUCUUUUGGGAUGUUUUUCCCAACAGACUCUCUGAACAGAAUGGGACAAAGACCUCUGUUCAUCUCAGCCAUUGGAACUGACUCUCACAGUGAUGCUGUACUGAACUACUCUCAGCACAUGUGCAACAGUGGCGUCGCCAGGCUUCAAGAGCAGAGGACCGCAACUUAUUGUGCCGGGAUGACUGAGAACGGUGACCUGAGUCUCGGAUUGGGCGACAGGCAUAACCGCCAGCAAAUCACAGAACAGUAUCCCGUGACCAGCCGUGACAUCUGCUCCACCUCGCCGUGCCAUAGGAUGUCCCACAGCCCCGAGAUAAAGGACGACUCCAUGGAGUGCCCUCUGUGCAUGGAGCCGCUGGAGAUUGACGACGUAAACUUCUUUCCCUGCACCUGCGGCUACCAGAUCUGCCGCUUCUGUUGGCACCGCAUCCGCACAGAUGAGAACGGCCUCUGUCCUGCCUGCAGAAAGCCGUACCCGGAGGACCCUGCGGUGUACAAGCCCCUGUCACAGGAGGAGAUUCAGAGGAUAAAGAAUGAGAAGAAGCAGAAGCAGAACGAGAAGAAACAGAAGGUGACAGAGAAUCGGAAACACCUGGCCAGUGUCAGGGUGGUGCAGAGAAACCUGGUUUUUGUUGUCGGGCUCUCUCAAAGGCUCGCAGACCCAGAGGUUCUAAAGAGGCCAGAGUAUUUUGGGAAGUUUGGGAAAAUACACAAGGUGGUCAUCAACAACAGCACAUCAUAUGCAGGUUCACAGGGUCCCAGUGCUAGUGCCUACGUCACUUACAUCCGCUCUGAAGACGCCCUCAGAGCAAUACAAUGUGUGAACAAUGUGGUGGUGGACGGUAGAACACUCAAGGCUUCUUUAGGCACAACAAAAUACUGCAGUUACUUCCUCAAAAGCAUGCAGUGUCCCAAACCAGACUGUAUGUAUCUACACGAGCUGGGGGACGAGGCGGCUAGCUUUACGAAAGAGGAGAUGCAGGCCGGGAAACACCAAGAAUACGAGCAGAAACUACUCCAGGACCUCUACAAAAUGAACCCCAGCUUUCUACAAACACCAACGUGUUCAGGGGAAAAGUCCAAAAGCAAAUCUUCAAAUUCUACACAAAGACCCAGCAACGGCAAGGACGGGUGGCCAACACUAUCGGGGUAUGGUGGCAAACUGGCCAAUGGGCUGUCAGAGGACAGGAAAUCUCCUCCGCUGCUAGACUGCUGUCUGGACCCAGAAGUCAUGACCUCAGACGGGUUAGGACUUGGCCUGGGGCCGGACGCAGGGAUGGGGUCUGUCCAGGGGGCUGCCCUGUCCCCCUUCUCUUCUAAUUGUGACAGCAACGGUCCCAGCGACAAACCUCCUGAAUCAAUAGGUAUGGUGAAUGGAGAGACUUUACAACAGAUGCCUAACCGCGAGUCCCCUUCCCCUCCCCCGGGGCUGACUAAGCCCCCCAGCAGUCUGGUGGUUCCCAUUACUGUAGCAGACCUCACCGCCCGCUCGCCCUUCGAGGGGGCUGCUGCAGAGUCCCAGUCCCUGUUCUCUGACAACAGUAACUUCAGACACCCCAACCCCAUCCCGUCCGGCCUGCCCCCCUUCGCCAGCUCGCCUAGAGGGGGAUCCGACUGGCCCAUGACCCCCGAACCACAGAGCCUCUUCGCAUCAGACACAAUACCGGUCUCCUCCUCCACAGAUUGGCAGGCAGCCUUCGGCUUCGGCUCCUCUACUAAACAGCAGCAGGACGACGACCUGGGCUUCGACCCCUUUGACGUGACACGGAAGGCCCUGGCUGACCUCAUUGAGAAGGAGCUGUCAGUCCAGGACCAGCCCAGUCCCCUGGGGUCCCCCAGCCCCUUCGGCCUCCACCACCCCGGGUCCCACCACGGCCUCCACAUGCCCCUCUCCAACCCCAACCAUUUCCCCAGCAGCAUUGGACCUCCACCCCGCCUCUCUCAGCUCCACCACAGGCACAUUUCUAGCUCCUUUAGUUUCCCUGGUUCCCAGAGUCAGAGCAGUCAUCAUGGUGGAAGUCAGGCUGCCCAGGCCGCUGCAGCUCGGCAUACCUGGAUGGGCAUGCCUCCCUCGGCACGCAGCAAUAACCACCUCCUCUCACACUUGAACCACUCGGCCAAUGCUGGAGGAGGACAUAGCAACUUCCUGGACUUGAGCAUGCCUCCUCAGCACCACAGUCACAAUACAGGGCUGGGAGGGAUCCCCAUGUCAGAAAACAGCAGUUCUAUAGACGGCCUCAAUGUGAAAGAAUGGCAGGACGGUUUGAGAGCUCUCCUCCCCAACAUCAACAUCAACUUCGGGGGUCUCCCCAACUCCUCCUCCUCUUCUUCUUCCUCCUCUUCCUCCAGUAUGAACCACAUGGGGGGUCCUGGGGGGCUAAAUGGGCCAGGGGGACUCUCACACAGUCUCAGCUGGGAUGGUACGGCCAGCUGGAUGGACCCAGCUAUCAUCACAGGUAGCAUCCCAGCCUCAGCAGGCAGCAGUUUAGACUGUCUCCAGGAGGACCAGAACCCUCCCCACUGGCUCAAAUCCCUCCAGGCCCUGACAGAGAUGGACGGCCCUGCACUGCCAUCACUCCCCCAGCAGCCCCAGAACCAGCAACACCAAUCCCUCCACCACAACCACCACCAUGGCCUCCUAGACCAGGCCUCCUCACACCCACACCUCCACCACAGAGCAGGCUCUGGUUGGGCCCCCUACCUGCCCGGCCUGACCCAGCCCACACACCCCAACCCCAGCCAAUUCCACAGCCCUCCCCCAGGCUUCCAGACAGCCUUCAGACCCCCAGGCCAAAGCGCCACAGAGUUGCUACAGAGCGCCUCCGCCGGGGACCGCCACUAAACUAAAGACAGAUUACAGCAGACUACCCCCGACCCACGUCGUAAUCCCGAUCCCCAAUGCAAUACAGAUACAGUACACACACUAAUCUGCAGAUUAUCAGAUUAUGAAAAUGAUUAACAAAAUAACAAGGCUUUCUUUUUCUUUCUCCUUCCUCCUUUUUUUCUAUUCUAAAGGCCUAUUUGUUUGUUUUGGUUUUUGUGGCUCAUGACAUGAAUGACCUGUUAACCCUUUGUCUGCUACUGACCGGCCCCACUGAGCUCCAGUAGUCAGGGUCGCCUUCAGUAGGAUGCACCGUAGUCAAACGUUUUCCAACGGAAAAAUGAAAAGGAGCGUUUCUUAUUGGGCAGAUAAGUCCAUGUAAGUCCCUCAUGGUUUUCUUUUGUUUGGUGCAUAAUGAACACGACCCAGAUGAAUUGUUUGGGAUCAGACCGGUGCUGACUACUCUGAGCUUCACGUGGAGUCUGUCCGUAUGAUCUAGACGAGCACAGAGAAUAGGAGCAGUGAUACAUUUUGUGACACCCAAGACGAUAACUCCAAAUGUACAGGAGUCAAGAUUAGCUAACGUGAGUAAUUUUUAAGAAGUAAAUUUAUGAUUAAAUAUGAAACCUGUAGGAAAAUCGUCGUGAAAAAAAGUGAAGUCAUGAUUACUCUUUGAGAAUGAAGCAACAAACUGAAUAGUGAAUCUGCUCUUAAAGCUUUUCCCCAAGGGCCCUCAUUCUCCCUGCUUUGAAUAAAACAGGAGACUGAAUGAAACGGUUAACACUCACUCAGUGCAGAGAAGCUUUAAGGCGAACUAUAACUUUAAGGCACAAAUGAUACCAAAUGCCUUUUAACUGAUUAAGAGGAGGUAGGAUUGAAAAUCUUUAGAGAAAAACAGGGGUAAAAAUUACUUCAGGCUUGUUUUAAUUGGUUCAGAUGACAGAAAAUGAUGCAGACAGAGAUGGUCACAGAUGGAUAUAAUGUUAGUAUGUGGGAGUUGAGGGCACAGCCAAGCCAAUCUGCUUCGGCUUCCCUGUUAGGCAGGGUCACAAUGGUCACGUUCCAGGCUGACAAUAUUGCAGUCAUGCUGCACUCACGCAGCAACCAAUGGUCAUCGACUUUGCUGACCGGUGUCAGUCUGCUAUAUCAUAUGCGGUUAACUGAUAUAACUGAUUAGCUAUACCUGAUUAACUAGUUAGCUGAUACAGGCAUUGUGAGAUCUGGCAGGCAACUGCAAUGUAGUCUGCCUGGAAUUCGCCCCAAUGGCCUGUCUUGUACAGGUCAUUAAAACCCACAUUCCCUUUGGGGUCAUGGUGCCCCAUCCUGUAGUAGAGGCAAGAUUCAGUUCGACCUCUGUAUCAGAGGAUGGAGCACUGUCUAACUGGGGGACUGACCGCCGGGGUUGGAAGAAAUAAUAAUUAGUCUCACGACUAUUCUCAGAUUGGAAGAAGAAUAGGCCUAGUGUCAGGAUACCAGACCUCAGCACGUUACAUGCUAGUUCUGGGGAAACUAAGAAUGGCUGGAGUGGAGGCAAAAAAAAUGAAUAACAAUAUUUAAAGGAAAACACCCCAAAAUGAUAUUUUGAUAUCAUUUCAUUAGUUGAUUGUUGAAGUCCCAAUUUUUUUGCAUGGCAGCAAUCAAGUUAAGAUGUUUAACAUUCAAAAUUCAGAUUUACUGCUGUUAAGCUCUUUUUUUCAUGACAUGCUGCGUUUUACAUCAUAUGAAGCAAAAUGCAUCAUACCAGCUGUUUUUUCUGUUUUUUGAAAGUUUGGGAUUAUAACAGCAGUGGACUGAAUGUUUUGGGGUGGAAUUUUACUUUAAAGACUGUUGGAGGGAAGAUGGGACAUCCUAAGAUGUAGGGUUUGGUCUGAUACGCACAGUGCCACUGUGUGGCAACUACAGUAGCUAAACCCUUAUCGGGAAAGUCACAAGAAGACCCAACAGAUAAAUGAUGAAAGGGUUGAUGAAAAGGCUUCCUAGAUGUCACGAUGUCCCGACAUGCACCUGUAGAAAAGAGUGAGAAUUUAAAUAAUGUCAUGCGAUAUCGGAGAUUGUGUGAAAGGAAGGUGCUAGAAGACGACGACAAACGACGGCUAGCAAUUUAAUCCAAGGAGCGCUCUGCCUCUCUCUGGGCCUUGAAAAUGAAUAGCCUCCCUUCACGACCUUUUAUUUUUAAGUCUUAACUCCAUAAUAUCUACAUCUUUAUCUCUCUCUUUCUCUCUCCUGCUAUAUCCCCUAUUAAAACAUUAUUCACUAGAAACAUGAACUGAUCCAGGUGAAACCAACAAUCAGUCAUACUUACUGUGGUUUUUAACGUGAUGCGGAGAUAUAAAACACAAUGGGGAGCUUAAAGGAAUUGAACUGUCCACUGCCCGUCUGGAAAAACAAACCUUAAAUAAAAUGAAAAACCCA